AUGCCGCGGCUAAGCUCGCUCAGAAGAGCAGGAGGAAGCCGUCCUGGCAGCACGGGCUCUGACCUGCAGUGUUCUGUCUUUCAGGAAGCCCUGAGGAACGGUUUGGUGGCCACAGAGGUGCUCAUGUGGUUUUACAUUGGCGAGAUCAUAGGCAAAGGCGGCCUCAUUGGAUACAACGUCUGAAGAGCGUGCUCGGUAGCCUGAUGUUUUUCUUCU